AUGUAUAAUCUCCGACUAAACCCGAAGAAAUGUGCCUUCGCGGUGCAAGGCGGGAAGUUCUUAGGAUACAUGGUGACAAAACGAGGCAUCGAGCCCAACCCUGAGAAGGUUCAGGCCAUCAUUGACAUGCAGCCUCCCAGCACCGUCAAAGAUUUACUAUGGUUAACUGGUCGACUGGCUGCCCUCAGUCGCUUCUUGAGCAAGGCGGCAGACAAAACCAUACCAUUCUUUGAGGCCAUGAAGAAGAAGGAAGGCUUUGCAUGGACGACCGAGUGCCAACAAUUGUUCGAAGAACUGAAGCAGUAUCUUUCUACACCUCCAGUGUUGUCCACCCCUCAGGAGGGUGAGCCCUUGUUCUUAUACUUAGCCGCCUCCCCCAAGGCGGUAAGCUCAGUACUAGUUCGGGAAGAAGAGCGUACCCAGCACCCGGUGUAUUACGUCAGCCGCUCCUUAAAGGCCACCGAGACGCGAUACACAGCCUUGGAAAAAAUUGUUUACGCACUAGUAAUCACCGUGUGCAAGUUGGCGCCCUAUUUCCAGGCCCAUACCGUCCGAGUCCUAAUCGAUCAGCCUCUGGGGAGCGUAUUGCGGAGCCCUACAUCGUCAGGUCGACUGGUAAAAUGGGUCAUGGAACUAACCCAGUACGGGAUCGAGUAUCAACCACGACCGUCCAUAAAAGGGCAAGCCUUGGCCGACUUCUUGGUCAAGUGCACAAUAGGGGAAGGCGAGAAAGAGGGCACCAUGGAAGAUAGCUCAGGUGAAUGGUGGGAGCUGCACGCGGAUGGAGCGGCAAGUCGACAACACUGUGGAGGAGGAGUCAUGCUAAUUACUCUAGAGGGCUUCCGGCUUUACUACGCCCUAAGCUAUUUGUUUCCAACAUCCAAUAACGAAGCCGAGUAUGAGGAUGUGUUGGGCGGUCUUCGACUCGCCAAAAUGCUAGGAGUAGAACGAUUGCGAAUCAAAAUUGACUCCCGGUUAGCGGUCGGACAAAUCUCCCGCACCUGCGAAGCUAAGAACGUCCGGAUGGCCCAGUAUAAGGAGAAAGCAAUAGAAAUGCUGACAGAAUUCGGAGCCUAUGAGAUAGAGCACAUCUCUCGGGCGGACAACAUCGAGGCCGACAUAUUAUCAAAAAUUGCCUUAGAAGGAAUACCAGAUCACCUCGUUAAGAUUUGCCAAAAGGAAGAAUUAAGUCGGCCAAGUAUAGAGGAGACGCCGUUGGAGGUCCAACAUGUAACUAUCGAGGAGUGGGAUCAAGAGAAAAACCCCGAGAUGUUCUGGAUAGAAGACGUCCGGCGAUUUAAGGAAACGGGCGAGUUGCCAAAUGACCCAGGAGUCGCCGCAAGGGUUCGACGAAAAACCCCUUCAUUCCAGAUCAUUGACGGGCAAAUGUACAAGCAAUCAUUCGGAGGUCCCCUCUUGAAGUGCCUACUCAGGCCCGAAGCCGAGAAGAUAAUGGAUGAAGCUCACCGAGGAAUCUGCACCGCCCACCAGGGAGCCCACACUCUCGCCCGAAAACUAGUCGUCCAGGGGUACUACUGGCUGACCAUGAUGCGAGAUUGUAUUGAGUGGAUAGCUAAGUGCCGCGUUUGCCAAGCCUUCGCUCGGAAGGAUACUCGGCCGGCGACCUUCUACACAUCGGUCACCACGGCCAUCCCUUUUGCUAAAUGGGAAAUCGACUUGUUGGGACCGUUACCAGUCGCCCUUGGAAGCCUGUAA